AUGUGUGGGGAAUGUGGGAAGAGCUUCAGGCAGAGGUCCAACCUCCACACCCACCAGCGCAUCCACACUGGGGAACUGCCCUACACAUGUAGGGAAUGUGGGAAGAGCUUCAACCAGAGCUCCAACCUCCGCACCCACCAGAGCUUCAGUUACAGCUCCACCGUCCACAUCCACCGACGCAUCCACACUGGGGAACGACCUUACAAGUGCUUGGAAUGUGGGAAGAGGUUCAGGACCAGCUCAGAUCUUCUCAGGCAUGAACAGACACACACGGAUGAGAGGCCCUUCCGCUGCACCGACUGUGGGAAGGGCUUCAACCGGAACUCCCACCUUGUCACCCACCGGCGCAUCCACACAGGGGAGAGGCCCUACAAGUGUGGGGAGUGUGGCAAGAGCUUCACCGAGAGCUCUAAGUUGACCAGACACCAAUGGACCCACCGGUAA